UAUCUAUAUCUAUAUAUUCCUCUGCUUUCCAUUUGUGUUGAGUUUCAAAGAUCCAAUCAUUUCCCAAUUGGGUUUAUGAAAGGUUAGAGGAGAAGAGCUCCUUGCCUGAAAAUUGGGCAGUGGUGCUGAAGGUGGAAGCUUAACUGUGAUUCGCAUUGUGUCAAGGCUACCAUAUAAAGCAGGCCCGUGCAUACAUAGGAAUAUCUUAACUAGUGUUAUUGGCGUGGUGUGCUCUGAGUUUGGCAAUGGAGAGCAUUCCGCGAUUAGCACAGCGUGUAUUUUUGGUGCCAUUCACCCCAAAAUACUUGAAAUCUUGUAAGAAAACAAGGCCACUGACCUCCUACUUAAUGCAAAUCCACGAUUCCCGUAAACCAGUAUUCAUACAAUGGAAUCUUCAGGGAAGACCUUUGUUAUGCUCUGAUUUAGUAUCCGUGAAAAAUUACAGUUCUACCACUGCUCGAGCUGGUUGGUUUCUUGGUUUAGGAGAGAAAAAAAAGCAAGUCUUGCCUGAUAUCGUGAAAGCUGGUGACCCUGUUCUUCAUGAGCCCACUCAGGACGUUCCUCUUGGGGAGAUUGGAUCAGAGCGGAUCCAAAAGAUCAUAGAUGAGAUGGUGAAAGUUAUGAGAAAUGCACCCGGGGUUGGUCUUGCUGCUCCUCAAAUUGGUAUUCCUUUAAAGAUAAUUGUGCUGGAAGACACAAAUGAGUAUAUAAGCUAUGCUCCUAAAGAUGAAACCAAAGCACAGGAAAGACGCCCAUUUGAUCUCUUGGUUAUUAUAAAUCCAAAGCUUAAAAAGAAAGGCAAUAAAACAGCAUUAUUUUUUGAGGGGUGCUUGAGCGUUGAUGGGUUCAGAGCAGUUGUGGAAAGACACCUAGAAGUAGAGGUUGGAGGAUUUGACCGAAAUGGAAAAGCAAUCAAAGUUGAUGCUUCAGGAUGGCAGGCUCGCAUUUUGCAGCACGAAUAUGACCACCUGGACGGAACACUUUAUGUUGACAAGAUGGUUCCUAGGACAUUCAGGACUGUAGAGAACUUGGACUUGCCUCUUGCAGCCGGAUGUCCUAAAUUGGGAGGGCGCUAACUAAUUGCCCUAAUCGACUCUUCAUCAAAUUUUUUCCUUGUUCUGAUGUUGUGAAGUUAAAGUUCGAGGUGUGCUUCGACAUUUGGAAAGUUUAGAAGACAAUUAAAGAUGCUGCAGGCACUAACUCUGUGUGUUUGUGGAAUAUUGAUAUGCUUCAUUCUGAUAUCAGCAAUUGAGAAUUAUAAGGACGGCUCUAUGACAGAUAAGUGUACUGCAUAUACCUUCUUUUUUUUUUUAAAAUGAGAUGAAUUACAGAGAUUCAUUUUUCAAAUUGUAGACUGUUCCCAGAAUGUUAAGAAAACUUAAGAGUUUGGAGUUCCUACUCUUGGGUUGACAUGGACUCAGAAAUCUGUUUUGUAAACUUUGAUAGGAACCCUUUUGCUGGUAGGGCUGCCUAUAAAUUCCUUAAGAUGCCUUAAAGGCAAUCACUAGUUGCCACCUAAUGCUUUUGAAACUCUUGCAAGAUCGACAAAAUACUGCAACAUUUCUUUUUCUA